CGGUCCCCCUGGUUGAAUUCUACUAAAACGUUAUGGACAUGGAAUGAGCGAGGGGCAUCUACUGGAUGAACUGGCAGGUCCAACCUUGGCGGAGGAUGCAAAUGUGGCAGCAACGUUGACUUUACAUCCCCCCGUCGAAGGAGGAGAAACUGUGGCAUCGACGCCACCCAUGUUCGUUCCCGUACAGCUGGUCGAGCCAUCCAAUGGAGCCAAACCGGCAAAUACAAACGAUCAUGACAACAACUCGAAAAUCGACACCUCUACUCCACCAACCCCUAAGUUCGUGCCCGUUGAAUUGCUCCAAGUGCCCAAGCCAACGCCUCUACAAUUCGUUCCAAUUGAUUUGACGAUCGAGUCUACUACAGUGGUGACGGGAGACGUCGAGGUACUGCCUGCCCCAGGCAGAGCUACUGGCGACGUGCUGGAGAUGGAUCUACCCAUGAAAAGCACAACUUUCAGAGCAACUCCGCAUGAUAAAGCCAUGUUAGUGGAUGACGUAUUGCCAAGUACAAUGGACCAUGCUAUGAUCGAUGACGCGUUCAUUUCAAGGAAACCGUCGGAGGAAUCGCUGGAAGGAACGUCACUGGCACCAAUCGACGCCCUACCAAGCACCACGCAACAACAAGGGAGCGGCUUCCCCUCGCAACCAAGUCCUCAGCCAACCCCAGUUUCAUCGACUAAAGUGUCAAGCGACGAAAAAGAGGGGGGGAAUAAUGAAGUUGCCCCCCCCAGCCUCCUCAACGACUUCAACAACGCAAUUCAAACCACGCCCAUGUUUAUCCCUGUGGAUUUGCUUGACAUGCCCAAGGCCACACCUCUGCAGUUCGUGCCCGUCGACGUGACAGCUGAAUCGUUGGCCAAGCUUGAGCAUGGAAGUCCACUAGACCGAGCAUCUGGUAGAUUGUCCGAUCAUUGUACGCCGCAGACCACAGAAACGUCUCGAGCAACUCGACACCAGACAGCCAUUUCCGCGGACGAGACGCUUCCACGUACAAUGGAAGGCCGCGGUGGUAUUCAUGAUGACGAUGACGAUGCUGACAGUAUAGCGGACGACGACGUUGAGAUCGCCGCAAUUCUGAAAGAGGCGGCCAGCAUCACCGACUUGGCCAUCCAACAAGGGCGACUAGAGGCAUUUCGAGGAGGAUUUGCUUCGUCUAGUUUGCGACAACGUACAGACAACACGUCGUUGCUACCGGCAUCCGUCCUUGUUGUAGAGCAACCACCGCAACAACCCAUGUUUGUGCCAGUCGAUCUUCACACCCCUAAAAGUACAACAGAAACCCCCUUGCUUUAUCCGUCCUCAACACAACAACAACUGCUUCGGGUGGACACGAAUCAAAGACGAACGCAUUCCCAGGACCUCGCUGCCGCACCGUCGUCUCAUGCGACCACACCAACCUACAGCGACGAGUCCGGCACCGAGUCCACCCCUUCAACGCCGACGGCCGGAACGCAGGGGGGGAGGACGAGGCAGCGGACCCCCCGCGCCGCCGCGGGAAGACCCACGUCAGACAACAUCCAAACGAUUUCCACGGUCAAGCGAAUCGCCAAACACAACAGCAAGGUCGCCCAUAUCGUUGCGCAUAUCCAAAAGAAAGCUGCGGUUGUUCAGUCGCCACCCACUACAACGGCACCCUUGAUGAUAGCCAAACCCGAACGAGCUACGCCACCACCAGUGGCGGGGAAUUCGUCCAAGUCGACACCAACUAACUCGCAUGCUUCGAACCGAAAGGCGGUCAGCGCAACUCAAUUUGCCAAGCUGAGUGAUACCAAACAUUGCCGCUUUUACCCACAAAAGUCCAAGGCCAGCGUCGCGGCGAUGCGCAAUCCAGCGUGUGGUUAUGACUUUGUCCAUCGAGGGCAAGCUGACGACGACGACGAUAACGAAGGGCAUGGGUCGUCGGGGAGGGAUUUUCUGAAUCGUAUGGAAGUAGCCGAGCAGAACCGACGCAAGAAGCUGGACACGACGAGGGGCGAAGAAGCGUACAUGUUGCGCCAGGUUGGUCGCGUUGAAUCGAUCGUUCGUUCGUCCGAUCGUGUGUUCGAAACCGUGGUGCGUGCGUAGAACAAAAAAGAGUGUCCCAAGUGUGGCAUGGUGCAGUCUUACGCCGAGUACCGGGACAAGAAGAAGCGAUGCACGUUUUGCGGCGUGUUGUUUGCUUUGCCCAAGGCGUGGGGGGACGUGGGCACGUCGUUCCUACGGCGGAUGGAGGAUGAGUUGCAGCAACGGGAAAUCCACCGCAUGGCGUUGCUGAAGAUCGUCGUCGCGCACGAAACGUCUCGGGAUGUCGUACCAAAGUCCAAUAUCCGACGCUGCCUCGCCAAGCAACAGCAACUACCCAAGCAACCAGACGUCGAAGUGUUCAACCACGUCAUGGCUGCCACCGUGGGCGAGGAUGCCUUUGACCCGCCAGCAUUCGACUGGUCCGCAACGUAGCUAGCUACUACUACCCGGUAGUUAUUGAACUUUGCCGCCUUGAGUGUGGACACGAGUAUAUCCCCCAGUGCAACACAGCACGCGACCAACGCACAACCCCCAUACACACGACUGAAUCCCCACCUCAAAGCACACUACAGUAAUCAUUGUACUACUAUGUAGUACGUAGUACUAGUAAGUACUACUAUAGAAGUCCACGUGUUUGCAGUUAUAAUGGACAUAUGUGAUCGUUCG